CAAAGUAUUCACCUAUAUAAAUAUGUAGGUGAAGUAGUGAACCAUUUUCAUCUUCAACCAGCUAUAUAUAUAUAUAUAUAUAUCAAAGAUAAAAUUAACGCAAAAAAGUUAUAGUAAUGGACGCUUCAUCUUUAACCAGAUCAAGUCUAAGCAUUUCAAAUUCAAAGCCAUUUCAUUACGUUCCACAACAAAGACCAUGUCACGUGCACUUUGCAAUUUCAUGCAGAGUAAAGAAAAUGGAGGAAACAAGGAAUGGAUCAAAUUUCUACAAAAUGUUAUCUGUGAAUCCAAAAAGUGCAACAAUGGAAGAGAUAAAGAGAGCUUAUAGAUCAAUGGCACUUCAAUAUCACCCUGACGUGUGUCAUGAUCCUUCCAUGAAAGAGGAAUCAACUAGAAUGUUUGUUCGGUUAAAUGCGGCUUAUGAAACUUUGUCGAAUCCUAUGCUUCGUGAACAAUAUGAUAGUGAGUUGGGAUUGAAAAAUAUUAUGAUGAAUAAUGAUGUUGUUGGUGAAGAGAUUUGGAGAAGUAGGUGGCAAGAACAAGUGGUUGAGUUGAAGAAAAGGUCCUGUAGACGUAUGGCACAAAAAGGAAGGUCUUGGGGUAGCAGAAUGAGGACACAAAACAUGAAAGAUAGGAAUUAAUAUAGUUUUUUCAUGUGUAAUAGGUUUAACUAAUUCUUUUUAUUGGAUAUAUUUUUAUGAAACUUUUCACCGAUUGUAAUGUUUAAAUUAUUUAUAAAACACAUAUAACAAAUUAAUGCAUACCACUCUUGAUGUUA